AUGGAUGUGGCUUUGACACGUGUGGAGACGGUGAGCAAGCUGAACACAUCUGCGUCCGCCUCUGACACCGCGCAGUCAACAUACGGACGCAAUCGGCAGUCAAUUGCCGACAUGGAAGACGAAUUGUACAGCAUAUUUGAAGAUCACCCGCAAUCACAUACCAAUGACAAUGGAGAACCCGUCAUUCCAGGUGACGCGCUCGUGGACGUUCUGCGGGCCUUCUCGAGCAACCAUGACUCCGUGGAACUCAUGACGCGCGAGGAGGAAACGCAGAUGAUCAAUCUCAUCGAAAGCAACCCUGGGCUCGCGGUUACCCCUCAAGUUCUCCUGCAGUUCAUCGCAAUGCGAACGACCCUCAGUCCCCACCAAAGCCCACAGGGCUCUCCCCCGCCCGACAACUUUGACCUCGAUCACCGUGGAAGGUCGGAGGAGCGUGACUGGGACGAGGAUCAUUCGCGUUCGUCCAGCAGAGAUUCUACAGGAACCUCCGUGUGGAGACCGUCUUCGCGCGGACCGCCGGUGCCACCCAAGACACCCACGAAUCACGACUCGCCGUUCGACACGUCGCGUCGGCAGCGCUCUACACCGCUCAGCAACGCGGCUCCUUCGAGCUGGUCGCGUCGGCCACCACCAUCCCGGCGGAAGAGUACCUCACGCAGCCGCGCUUCCAGUGACUCAGAGUCUACAGGUCCUCCGACUGCGUACGGACGCACACCGGGACGGAAGCGCGCGCCUUCAAACCCAUCUGCUCCCAGCUCACCGAUAAGUUCCCCGAAUAUGGGCACCAUCUCGCGGCCGCAUUCCCGCGCGCAAUCUCAGCCCCAAGGAUACUUCCAGUCAAUGGAUAGCUUCUCGGGCGACUUCUCGCGCAGUUUUUCGCCAGAGCAUGAGAUUGACUACCGUGGCCAAGCGCGAUCUAACGGAGGCCUGAUGUCCCCACCGCCGUCCGACCUCGAUUCUUCGUUCGAUGACGACCAGCACUUUGAGCAGAGUGUCAAUUCCCUCCCAAUGCCUCGCGCGUCGCGCUCUGGGUCGGACCCAGGCUCGGAUAGCGAAGAUGACACAAUGACGGGGCUCGUGAUGGACAGGUCCGCUGCAUCGUCGACUGUGUCGCUUGACGUGCUAGAGCGCGUGGACGCGUUGCAGCGCAUUAACACGGAUCUGGGACGCAAGCUGCUCGAGGCAGAGCGAACAUUGCAGAACAGACUUGCGGACCACGAACAAGAGCUUGAGGAUAUGCAAGGUCGACUCGAGGAAGUUAGAAGUGAGCUGAGUGCUACUAAACGAGAGGAGAAAGAACUCCGAGCCAAGGAGCGCACCAACCAGAACCAAAUCUCGGCAUUGGAGUCAGAGAUUGCAAUGUUGCAGAAGAGCUUGGACACUGCGCGAGCGUCGUACACGAGCCUGCAGAAGCAGUAUCAGGAACAAUGCGCUGAGUCGGAGAGGUAUCGCAACGCACUCCGUCGAAGGGACGAAGAAGUUAAGGACCUCCACGACAUGAGUGCCUUGCAAGCAGUCGAGACGAGCAAAUGGGCACGCGAACAGCAGUCCUACGAAGAGCGCAUCCUGUUCUUCGAGAACGAGCUAGCCGUUGCCCAACAAGCACACGCCCAGCUGGAGGAGCAGAAGCAAGAGAACCUGAUGCUGAAAGAGACGAUUGACCGGAUGCGCUUCGAUAUGGACGAGAUGCGCAACAGCGCAUCAAGCAAUCACGGCUCGCAAGGCACUUCGAGCGCACAUGGAAGUGUGAGCAAGAGCUUGGGUGCUGAGCUUCUUAGUCAAUUGCAGAAGGAUAGUAAAUGGGACAUGGACGAUGAGGAAGAGGAGGAAGAGGUUUCCACUCAGCUGGAUGUGGAGGAAGAGGAAGAGGAAACUGAAGGUGAAGACGUCGUCGAGACCAUCAUCACGCGGACAAAGCGGAAAGUGGCUAGUCGCGCUAAGCGUCUGGAAACCAUCAAGGUCGAGGAAAUCAAGGAGUACUCUGACACCGCCACACAAUAUGAAGCUGGAGAAUUCACGGCCUCAUUCGCCAUGCAGACUGAUCCAGAGCCGAGGGUCCUCACAGGUUCGCUUAGUGUGCAGACCGAGGAACCAACGGUCGCGUCUGUGGAGAUCCAGGCAGAGCUCGAGCCCGAGCCAGAAGUGGAGGCGAAGGUCACUGCCAAUGCGGAGAUCCAGACUGACGAGCCUGAACUAUCUGUGUCAUCCUCCUCGCAAUCUGAAGAUGACGAUGAGACUCUCGCCUCGUCCUCAUCAACCCUUAUCCCACCCACACCUAAGGCACAUCCCGAGGACCUUCAUCCGCACCCUCACGAUCUCCCACCAGACUACAACGAUGUGGCCGAACAAGAUCGUGAUGCGCUGGCCAUCCGUGUGGCGAACGAGACCCUCAAGAAGUGGCACAAAGGUCUCAAGCUGCCCAUUGAGCCUAUUGUUGGCGGCGUCUCUGUAGAUGCCAUCGAAGACUGGAAGGCACUCAAGGAGGAGCUUGGCGUCGAGUGCUCGGCCAUCGACCGCAUUGUCGAGGAGUCCGCCAAGACAGGCCUUCCCCGUACUCCCAAAGAAGGCGAGCACCCGCGUCGUCGCCGCAGUCGGUUCUACAACAUCUACAACACCUACUUCUACGGCGAUCCCGAGGGCGGGUCGUACAUGCCAACCAGCCAGUUCCUGUUCUGCAUUGGUGCCUCGGCUGCCGUCGCAUUCGUUGUGGGCCAAGCUAUGGCGCCCCAAUACGUCGUGCCAGGUGGUGCGACAUACUACGACCGCGCCGCUUGGUCAAGCUUCAACUCUAUUCAGGCCUCUGGUGAGGGUUUCGGGAGCGAUGGCGCCGCUGUCUGGAGCUUCCUCGGGAAGCUUGGAGGCGGAGCUGCUAGAACUCUUCGGGGCUGGCCAACAUAGUUGGCCGUCUUGUGUAUUUUGUAUUAUGUUGUCAUGCGUAUUUCAUGCAUAUUUAUCUUGAUCACUGACUAUGCAUUUCUUUCGCUC